AUGAAGAACACAUUGCUAGCCUUUGUCCUUCUCUUUGCCUUCAGCUCACAACCACUACUUGGAGAAGCUGAAGCUUCACCUGAACAAGUAGUUGACACAUUAGGCAAGAAGCUACGAGCUGGUCUCAGUUACUAUAUUAUCCCAGCUAUGCCCUUAACCAAAUGUGGACGUUAUGGAAAAUGUAGAAGUGGUGGAGGGCUUGCACUUGCAAGCAUUGGUGAAUCAUGCCCUCUUGAUGUUGUUGUUGUGGAUGGAUACCAUGGUUUGCCAAUAACAUUUUCACCAAUUGACCCAAAAAAAGGUAUGGUUCGUGUGUCCACGGAUUUGAACAUCAUGUUCACUACUCAUCGUACGAGUUGUGCUGAAUAUUCCUUAGUGUGGAAAUUAGAUAACUUUGAUGUUUCUAAGAGACAGUGGUUUGUGAUCACUGGUGGGUCUAUGGGAAACCCUGGUUGGGAAACCAUACACAAUUGGUUCAAGAUUGAGAAGUGUGAUGAGGCUUAUAAGAUUGUUUAUUGUCCCAAUGUAUUCCCUUCUUCCAAGCACAUGUGUAAGGAUGUUGGUGUGUUUGUGGAUGAGAAUGGCUAUAGGCGUUUGGCUUUAAGUGAUGUUCCCUUCAAAGUUAAGUUUCAGUUGGCAUGA